CAGGAACAGGUCCGACACUCUGAGGAGGAAGAACAGAGGAAGAGUCAGACCACAGUAGGAACGGAGCAGAGUGAAGGGGAGAGAGGAGGGGGGAGAGAAUCAGUGGAAUGAAUCAACGCGGUGGUGCGCGGUGGUGGUGCGCUCCAGAUGUCCAUCACCGAUUGGACCUCUGCUGGAGAGACGGGGAACUGACGAGAGGAGACACAGCUGUGGACCAGGAACCGACCAUGGAGGACAGCAUGUGGACCAGUGCCCACCCAGGUCUACGCUGUCGUCGAGGACUGUUUACCAUCGGACACGGACUAAAUACAAAGGCCGCUCUGUGGAGCGAUUGUCCGGGGCAGGAGUGGAAGAAAGGAUCUAAUUACUCUUGAAUGUGGGACAGACCUGAACUCUACUGCCCAUAACUGUGGGCUACGGCCCAGAUCUGGGCCCUCGUUGACCUCCACCCACUUCACUGUUUCUCAGCUCGUCUUUAUCGUAGUAGACGUCAUGGUUGGACGGACCGACACCGACCUACAGCUGCGGUCCAUGACCCACAUGCCACACGUAACAUCAAAGAGAAAAUCCAGGAUUCACCUUGAGGGUCCUUGAACGGUGCCCACCAGUGUGGACACUGGUCUGGUUUUACUCUGAGCGUCUGCUAACAUCCACAGACGGCUCCCCUCUCUGCUCCAGGGCCUGAUUAUUAUUCUACUGAACCCAGGGAUCUGUCUGUGCAGACCUUUACUGGAGGAUGGCAGACAUUAGAUGAGAGGAAGAGACACUUUAAAGCCGAGCGCCAUCUUUUACGACUUCCUCCAGGAGGAAGUGAGUCGUCGUCGCCCACCUGUGUCGCACAAAUACGCUCACCACAGACCUGGCACACACACAUCGCUUCAAGCCAUGGAUGACCCCUGGGCUCCAGGACCCUGGGCUCCACACCUGCUUCAACAUCACUGCUCGGUACCUUGGUACUAAGUGCGAGGGACCGUGACGUGCUGCCGUCCAGACUUUGUCAAAGUUACGCCAAGAUGAAAAGGAAGUCAACUGUCGUUGGUUCCAGCUCGGUCCUGUUUCUCAUCGCUCCGACUCGCAGCUGUUGUUGGACAUAAAAAUCAACGAAGGUGGGGUUUUGUUCCGACAUUGACCUCAUUAGUUCAGUCAAGAACCGAUCCAAAGUUCCUGGCAGUGAAGACGCUCCGUCAAUCUUUGAAGCUGAGCCUGAACACCCGCUGCUCGCUACAUCUGGGCCUUUUGACCACACGCCACAUUUGUCCAGUCCCACCCGCAGAGCAUUUCAUCAUCUCUCACACCAUGUGCCACAGCCUGGCCAAGAGCUGGGAGGCUCCGCCCUCCACAUCCAGAUGUCACAUCAAACUCCUCCGUUCAACAGGUGAAUCAAAGCGAGGCCGUGUGGGCGGAGCCGAGAGAGGACGACCGGAUCCACACGGUCUGAGUAUUAACUGUUUCACUCACGCACACGCAGCCUGAGGAGAGGUUACCUGACAGGGAGGCCGGAGCGUCUGUACCAAGCUAACAUUCCUGGGCUCCUGCUCACUCCUCGACCAGCACCAGGCAAUAAAACAUGCACUCAAUAACACUAAUUAGCUCCAGAAGCAUUCCUCUGGGCCUGCAAGAAAACUAUGUGCACAGACGGCUGUGCAUGUACAUACACAUCUAUGAGGUGUAGCUGCACCGGCAGGGACUGCAGGAGAACAGGGAGAAUACUACAGUACUGCAGGAACCACGGCUUUAACACCGUCAUUUAUUAUCAUUUUAAUUUCCACCAUCUUUAAACUCAGCUCCUGUGUCGAAAAACGACUCAAAGUGAAGCAGCACUAGGAGUUCAGACCCAGUCUGUGGAGGAGGUUCAAACCCCCGGAGGUGAGGGCCAGAGCCGGAGGUUGGAGACCAAACACCCGACAACACUACUGGGACCAUGUGACAACGGGCUGAUUAAAAUAUUAAGCACCAGGCAGGACCAGCCAGUGGACUCACAUGAAUAAUGGAGCGCCAGGUGCUGCCCCCUCAGGUCACUGAGGGUCAUUGCGGACCGGAGCCAAUCCCAGGAGCCGUCUUAGAAACAACCUGUCGUAUUCCGGCUGCAGGUUUUUCGUCUGGACCAGACGUACGGACCUGGGUUUCACAGUUUGAAGCUGCAGAUUACUACUUGAAGUGGAGAAGAAUGGCAUCCUGUCAGGAAUGUGAAGGCCACCACAGAAGGAGGGGGCUGCCACAGGUGGCGAUGUUGACCCUGAGCUCCAGAGAAGACCACACAGCAGUGAGCUCCAAACCCCUGGAGGGUCCUUCACCACCAGACCACGUCAGAGAGUAAAGCUCAGGGCCUGGGCCCUUUGACUCCUGCUCUCAUCACCCUGUGAAGCAGCAUUGGCCUGUCAAUCAGAGAGGAGCCCGCUGGAUGAGUCUGCUCAGGCUCACGCUGGUCUGAGGGGCCAUUAGAGAGGAGGCAGUGGAGCCAGAGGAGCUCAUGCCAAAAGCUGAUGAGAAACAGAGGAGCUGGAGAGCCCAAGGUUGUCCACCCUAUGUCCAACAGGGGAAAUGCUGCUGUGUCUGUGACAAAAACACCAGAAGAUUCCACUAAGGCAGAUAUUGAACUUCGUAGAAAUUUAGUCAGGACGAGCCCCAAAAAAUUAUAUUCUCUAUAAAUAGUUUAGUUUCAUAAAACAAAAUAAGGUUAAAGUUUUGUAAUAUUCAAAAUAUUACAAUGAGAACGUUAUAAUAAUUCACAGUGGCAGUGUAAAUUAAUUCUGUUCACUGUCAUGUCUAGACGUCUGGAAAACCUUAGUCGAAGCCAAAUAUCAAAUGAAAACAAAUGUUUGAGGCCUUUUUUAGGAAAAAAGAAAAAAAACCUAAUGCAUAACACAGACGAUUGACUGAACAAAGGGCUGAUGGGUAUUUAAAAUGUGAAAAACUUCCACCUCAGAAAUACGGAAUAGGCCAAAAGGCUAAGUCGGCCUUUCUGCUGCGGACGUUAUUCUGAUUGAUCACCAAGGCCCGUGUCGGAGUGGUGAUUAACACUGAUGCUUCACAGCGUGAAGUUCACAGCAAGGAAGUCUUGACAGCUAUUGAAAAUGUAAUCCUGGGAAUAGUGACCAGUCUGUCCAGAGACGAGGCCCCGGUCCUGUCAGUGCCCAACAGAGCCAGAUGGGACAAUGUCAGGUUCGACCGUUCCGUUGGGUUUCAGAUGAGUUCAGAAAGUGCCGUUGUUUCCGUCAGGAGCAACUGUGUUUCGUCUGUCACUAAAUUUGCACAAAUUCUCAAGAUUCUCUCAGUGGUCUACAGACUGGUGCAGAGCAACAAAUAUGCCACAAAAAGAGACAUCUACUACAGAAACAUGCAGCUGUUUGGUUCACAGGCCACUGUUGAUUCUAUCGUUGAUGACCUGUCCUGCCUGCUGAAAGCCCCUCGACGAUCACUUCACGUGUUGGCCACGACCAAGGGAUUAAUUGCUGGUGAUCUGCAGUACAUGGAGGAGGACGGCACAAGGAUCGACUGUCACUGCAGCUCUGCUGCUGUUCAGCUUUCAUCAAAUAUCAGUGGGAUCAGAAACAUUGUGUCUUCGGCGAAGUUUGUCCUGAUAGUUGAGAAGGAUGCCACGUUCCAGACUUUGCUUGAUGAAGACUUCUGCUCCAAACUCCAUCCCUGCAUCAUGAUAACAGGUAAAGGUGUACCAGAUGUGAACAGCAGGUUGAUGGUGAGGAAGCUGUGGGAUGUGUUACACAUCCCUGUCUUUGCUCUGGUGGACGCUGACCCUCAUGGCAUUGAGAUUAUGUGCAUUUACAAAUAUGGAUCACUGUCCAUGUCGUUUGAGGCCCACAGUCUGACCAUCCCCAGCCUUAUGUGGCUAGGCCUUCUCCCCUCUGACAUCCAGAGGUUGCGGGUUCACCAGGAUGCCUUGGUUCCUCUCACCCACAGAGAUGAAAUCAAACUCAACAGCCUCCUCAAAAGGCCCUUCUUAACCAGCCAUCCCAACUGGAAGAAAGAGAUGGCGCUAAUGCAGCAGACUAAGGUCAAGGCUGAAAUACAGGCCCUGGCAACCAUUGCUCCUGAUUUCCUCACCAGCGUUUACCUGCCGAACAAGCUGCUCUACGGAGGCUGGGUAUGAGAACUAUCCUGCCCCCUAGUGGGAGAAAAUGUGAAGUUAUACAGCAAGUGGUAGGAAAAGCUCAUCAGCAUUUCAGAAAAAAAAGUAUUUAAUUUCUCUUUCACACGUUUAUAUUUUUUAUUGUUAUUUGAAAGGGGUAUUUUUUUAUUUGG